GUCUGGCGUCUGGCGGCAGUUCGGAGCGAGACGCCAACACGACAUACAACGAGUAUUUUUGUCUCGAACUUAUCGAGCUCCCGAAUAUAAUUUAUAUUUUCGUUACUUUUUCUUGUUGUUAUUGUAUAUUGAGACAGUUUCAUAAAAUAAAACCGUUUUCUGAGAUAAAUCGUUACUACGGUUGUCGUUCCGAACGUUGUGAUUUGGAGAAUAUAGCGAGAAUGUGCCGGUUACUGAUGUAGAGGUGCGCGUAACAGGUCCUUGCAUAUAUCCUUUCGAGUGGCGACCGGCGAUCGGCGACCGGCCUCCAGGAAAGAAUUUUAAAUGUCUAGCUUAAUCAGGUGACUGGAACGCACCAAGAUAGAAAAAGAUCGAUGAAUCCAAAAAAUUAAUCGUAUUCGGUUUAAAGACUGUCGAGUUAUCAUCACCACUAUCGUUAUGAUCUUCAUAAAGAACAAGUGACAGUGAUCGAUAAUUUGCAUAUGCUUGGGCGAUUAUCAAUGUGCAAAGAAUCGUGAGAAUUGUAAGAUCUACAGAUACAUCGAGCUUGUUUCCAGCUCCGUUCUUCCCAUUCAGGCACGUCGCAUUCAUCCGGCGGCAGCCACAGCAGCCGGUACGCACGCAUAUCCUCUAUACGUAUAUGUGCAAACAGUCGGGAGAAAAAAGCACAUCCGGUUCGUGUUUUGUCCUUUAACGUGUUUUUUUGUUGUUGGAAUAUUUGGCUUCAGAAGAAGAAAAGAAAGUUAUACCAUACAGUGAUUGCCAAUGCGUUCUUCCUGAUUCCAAGGUGGACCAGCCAAAGAAGAUAAGAACUAUAGAAUAGAAGAAAUUACGAGAUGACGUGAUACGUCAACGGAAGAGGAAUGCCGGCGUAUUGACGCGGAUCUGUUCCUCUUCCCCUGGCGGAGGUUGUCAAGUGUCGCGAGAUGCAACCCGGGAACCGGGACGUCAUCCGGACGGGUUCGAACGGCUGGCGAUCGACCAGGCUACUCUGACGAUCACCACGAUCACAGCCGAUUCGUCUCUCCGUAUUUCUCGUUGUGAUCAAACUUGAUCCUGAGAGUCCGCCAUCAUCGCCUAAGUUUAGAGGGAGAGGAAAGGAAGAGACUAGAGACGAGGGGAAACAUAUCGUUGGGCAAAAGGCCCGAGGUGGUCAGGAAGGGAGGAGAUUCGGUCUUCGGAACGAGGAACAGAUUAAAUUCACGGUGGAGAAUACGGAGGUUCAGCAGUCCAGCGUAAUCCAGUCGUUGGUCGGGAAACGUCGGGAAAACCAACAAGAUGACAACGAUACAGAGUUGCGGUGGCAGUUCGUCAAGAUGCGCGAAACGCGCCUUCGUCUUUGUGUUUGCCUGGGGCCUGCUGAUGAUUGCGGCAGUACAGUUCCGUCACUUGGAAAGCAGGGCUUUACGUCAGGAUGGUGGCCCCACGGCUGAGGAUGGCAUGGGUAACCUGGUAGAGGUCGAUGGCAUUAGUAACGAUCGAGGUGCGAGCCGAGGAUCUUCAGGAAGCUUGAGUUUGUCCCGAUAUCUUUUGCAAAGGUCGUCACUGGGCGAACUCACCAAUUCUGGCAGUAACGGCGUCCUGCUGACCACCUUAACCACCCUUAGAAACCAUUUGGAAGCGACGAUGAGUCCGCUCGAGCUAGAACCGUUACUGGACAAGAGACCGGCUAAAACCGAGCAGCAAUUGAUCGAGGAGAUUGCUGAGAGAAUACCGAGUCUACCACUGAGCGAUUGGUCCAAAAAUAGUAAAUUGACGAAACGGGGCAAUGAGAGCUGCGCCAAAUACCCGCAGAUCUACGAUUUGGAAUUUAAUAAUAUCUAUUGGCAAACGUUGCGAACCAACAACGGCACGUUUCAAUUUUUCGGUGCGUUUUAUGACAAUCGGAAAUUAUCCAAGAUCGGACCGGCGGUCCGGAUUGUUGGCAUGAUCGAUCGGAUUGAACCGAUCGUGAAAACGUAUUGUCAAUUAUGGUACGAGGGCGAGAGCGAGCCCAAGAUCGUCGAGACGCUCGAAUACAAGUACAUUUGGUAUCCUAAAUGGGGCAAUUACAAGCAGGGCAUCUAUCAGCCAUAUGUGAUAGCAUGUAGAGUACCGCCACAAGCGUAUGGUAAGCCACCGUCAUCUGUCUCCAUAGUGGAGAGACGUUGCGACACGGCCACCAACCACCUUCGUGUGAUUUACAACAAGCCCGAACGUAAAAAAGACUUUGCGGUGUGCGUAAAGGGUCUGGACUUUCUGCACGAGGAUCUGUCGGUUCGACUAGUCGAAUGGAUCGAGUUGAUCAAUCUGCUGGGUGCCGACAAAAUCUACUUCUACGAGCUGCAGGUGCACCCGAACGUGACCAAGGUGUUGCGGCACUAUCAGCGUCUGGGUAUGGUGCACGUGACCCCGUUAACCCUGCCGGGCGGACAGCCUAAUGUGCCCGCCUUCCAGCACAUGUAUUUAACGAAGAAAACCAAUCACAAACGGCAGAACGAACUAAUACCCUACAACGAUUGUUUAUACAAGCACAUGUAUGAGUACGAGUACAUCGCACUGCUGGAUGUCGACGAAGUGAUUAUGCCCGUGAAGGACGCGACCUGGCAAGAGCUGAUGCGCCGGGUAUUGCCCAAGGCCCUGCAAAUACGGAAUGAGACCCGUGCCUCGUACAACGUCAGAAACGUCUACUUCCUCGACGACCUACUGCACUCUCAUGGUUACUUCAAGGACAUACCCAAGUACAUGCACAUGCUCCAACACGUAUACCGCUCGAAGAACUUUACGAAACCAAAUCAAUAUAUCAAGUGCUUCCACAAUCCAGAACGGGUGGUCACUCUGCACAACCAUUUUCCGCUGGCGUGCCUGGGUGCUGGAUGCACCAGUUAUCCCAUCGAGACCGAGGAUGCGCAGUUGCAGCAUUAUCGUGCCGAUUGCGUACGAUCGCUAAAGAAAACAUGCGUGGAAUAUCGGGAAAACAGCGUGAUAGACACGACGAUAUGGCGUUAUAGGGAUAAAUUGAUCAGCAGGGUCACCGACACCUUGAAAAUGCUCGGCUUCUUCGGCCCAAGAUAGCGUUGGAGAUCUUGAUCUCUCCCCUUCUUUACUCUCGUUUCUCUCUCCCGUGGAAGAUUUGAUCGGUCGUCGCCGGAAGGACGAAAGAAAAGGCUGUGCGCGGGACGAGAAAUGAUGAAUCUAUCAGCGGGAGGUAAUUGCCGCGGCGGGAUUUGAUCAGAGAUUUAAUCGAACAGAUAAUCGGUGUAACCGAUAAAGUGGAUUCAUUUAAUUCUAGUGACAGCGUAAUAUCGCGUGUUAUAUUUCUAUGUGUUGUUGUGUGCGUGAGAGAGGAAGCGUGGAUCGAUAAUCUUUGACUGAUAAGUAUACACAUAUCGUGUCUUGAGCGAUAAAAUGUUUGAAUCUUAUAUCAAACAAAAUUAUCACUCAAGUACAUUAUCCAAAUCAGAAUAAUGAUAGCUCGUGAAUUAAUUCACGAGCUAUCAAUAUUAAUUUAGAAUUAUACCACAAUACCAUCUAAAGUAGAAUAGCGUGUAUAAAAAAUGGGAUUUAUUUUUCCAAUUUUCAUUCGAUGCACGCUUCUUUAUCGAAAUUGAUUUAAAUAUAAUAGAAAAUUACCAAGCAAAUCCAUAUUCCAAAUUUUAGCCGAACAAAAUCCUAAGCAAUUUACAUGGGAAAUUAUUACGCUCUAUUUAUGCGAAUCCCACUAAGACGAUAAUUUUCAGGCAUCUGUUAACCCGCGAAACGAAAAUUAUCUCUAGACUGAACGUAAUUGUGUUUCAAUUUGUAUCGACAACGAUACGCAAAUUUUCGAAUGGCAAAUCGACCCGAUUACAUUCACGAGAAAACUGCAGUAUUCCUCUUUUUUCCUUUUUUGUAAAUAAUUUCUCUUGCUAUAUGCUCAAUAUGGAAUACCAAGUCUGCGAUUGAUCGAUAGCCAUAACGAAUAAGUUCAAUGUAUUAGCAAACGGAUUACAUUUGGAUACAAUGUGAAUUACAUAUAUAAUUUUAAGUUUAACUUUUAAAGUCAAGUUUUAACGAAGAGUAUAAAAAAAAAUGAAAUUAAAAAGUAAAGAAGUGCAAAAUUAUUAGUCAUGUUAUAGAUGCGUUACAUUAGGCCGAAAAUAUAUUUAGACAACUACGGUGAAAUAUAUUAAAAAAUUCUUUUUUAAUAUUUAAUUUAAUAAUGAGAGUAUCUGUUUUGGAAUGGCGCUUAAAAGCAUCGAGAUACCAUUCCGACGACUGAAACGCUGUGAAGUGUAUAAGCAUCGAUAUUAAAGACUACUUUUAACGAGUCUUCUGCAAUCACGAAGCGGUUUAUGUUCAGAACAGAAAUUCGAAACUAUUUUAAUUUUUAUCAUACUCGAUAAGCAAGAAAAUAAAUAAUGAAAUAUUACAGACAAUAUGAUGUACGUAGCAGGCUACGUUCGGGAAAUGCGCUAUUAGCUAUGCUACACAAUUGUGUCAUUUUGGUUCAUUAGAUGUAAAACAAGGAUAGAAUGAAACGUAAAAAAAACGCAGCCGUACUAAUAUCUUUAUUACUAUAUCUUCAUUUUAAUUUUAAUUUUGUUAUUAAAAUGUCUAAUUUAAACAAUUCAAAAUAUUAUGGCGUUACAUAAUAAUGAGAAUAUGUUGGAUAUGAUGAAUGUCGUCUCUCUAGCUCACUAAUUAUUUCUAACCGCUUCGUGGUUUCGGAGAUUUUUUUUAUUUUUUAUGGUGAACCUCGAUCGCUUUCUGCAUGAUGAAAAUCAUUUGCUAUUUACUAUUCGACAUAAGUGUCGCUUGUAAAAGUAAGAGGGCGAUUCACGUUUUACCAUGAGAUAUAUCAAUAUAAAGGGACCAGUGUUGUAGGUAAGAAAUAAUAAAAAUCGGAAAAGUCGAUUCGCGUAUGGUUGCAUAGACACGCCAUUGGUCUAUAUGCACGAAUAAAAUAAUAUUGUAUUUUUUAAAGUUUACGUGGGUUGUUCUUCAAGCUGAAACAUUGACAGACAAAAUAAUAUCUUUUAUUUUCCCUUAUUUAAUUAAUUGUUUUAAUUUACGCUCAUUUAAUAUAAUAUAUAAUAAUAUGUAAUAUAAGGAUUAUUACAUGUUAUUAUGUAACAGUAUGUCUUAUGUACACACUUAAAAAUAAUUGUUUUUAGUCUUAAUUUUAAACAUAAAUAUGACUCAGAGUGAACAAAUAUAACAUUAAAUAAAAUUACAUUAAUUAGCUGACGCAAAUUAUUUACAAAGAGAAUUAUUUUUUAAACUGAGCUAAUAAAAAAGUAGUGAAUUUCUUGCGUAGCUAAUUAUUCAUGCGCUGAAUUUUCAUAUUUUACACAAUGAAAAUUUUUUGAUAUGUGUCUUCGAAAUAUCUGUUUGUAAAAUAAUAAAUUACUACAAGAAGAUGUAAACAUAUCUUUUUUAUAUUUCUCUAAACUCCUGUACUUAUUAUUGUAGCUUUAUUAAUAUUAGCCAUGUAAAUUUAUAUCUAGGUGGGUCGUGUGAAUAACGAUAUUUUGGAAUGUAUUCGUUCUAUCUUAUUGCGAUUGGCAUUAACGCCAUUUGAAACGCUUGUUGAGUUAUCGUGCGCGUGUCCAAAUUGUCGGAUGUUAUCAGCGUGAUGAGUCAGCACGCCGCUCGACGUGCGUCAGGAUAAUCGAUGGUGAUUGCAAUAUAAGCUCCUCCCAUCAACUAGGCGACGACGUAUGAUACCGAGAGAGACUUCGAGAAACGCAACUAGCAUCCUAAACAUUAAUCGACAAAUCGUUCAUUUUAUACGUCUAAGUUCCUAAAAAUAUUUUGACAUCUCUGGGAAUAUAGUUCUACUAUUUCUCAAAUGUAAGAAUAACUUUACGUAAAGAAAUUUGAAAUAAAAAAUAUUAAACAAAA